AUGUCUUUAAAAACUUAUUUAGAUGAGGUUCAAAAAUGUAUUGACACGGAGGAUGUUAGAUGUAAGGAAUUAUUGAGUAUAACUUUACCAAGGGUUAAAGAAUUAGUUAUUUUAAUUGAGAAAAUAGGUGAGAGAAGAGUAGAAAUUGAAACAAGAAGAAUUUUACAAAAUCCCCCAUGGGAAGAAAUUGUUAUUCAAUAUUAUAAAGUUUUAGUAGCAUUAAAAAAAGAAGAUUAUAUUGAAGCAUUUAAAGAACAAAAUACUUUGGCCAUAUGGUCUUUACCUAUAUUAUACACUGUUUGUUUAGAUUUGAGGAAUCUUGCAAUAAUGUCAGAUAUAAUGUUUAUGAGACUUGGUAAUGAUCCAACAAAUUUAGAGAUAGCAGCAAGAACUAUAAAUAAGUCAUUUGCAAGUUGUAUAACGGACAGGGCACCAUCUAGUAUUUCACGUAAAUGGGGAACUUAUUAUAUUGCGGGAUUAUUGUUUAAAACAUAUUUUAAGUUGAAACAACAAAAUUUAUGUAAAAAUGUAAUGAAAUCAAUAAAAGCAUCAGCAGAUUUGCCUCCAUUCUCGGAAUUUCCUAAACCACACAAAGUUACAUUUUUAUAUUAUCAUGGACUAUUAUUAUUUUUAGAUGCUGAUUAUGCACUGGCCGAAGAGAAAUUUGUAGCAGCAUUUAGGAUGUGUCCAAAGAGCUCGUUUAAAAAUAAAGAAUAUCUCAUUCCAGUUUGGCUGGCUAAAGGAACUUUACCUUCAAAACAAUUACUUUCCAGCUAUCCUAGAAUGUACAAUAUAUAUUCACCAUUUAUUGAAUCAAUUAGAGACGGUAAUGUUAAGAAAUUUGAUGAAUCAUUAGUGUUGAAGGAGAAGUUGUUGGUUGCACAAAAUACUUUUCUAACAGUUGAAUUGGCAAGACAAAUUGCUGUCAGAGUAUUAUUUAAAAAAGUAAAUCGAGGAACUAGAUUACCAUUAGGAGUAUUUCAGGCGGCAUUAAAAUUUGUUGGUAUCGAUAUAGAAAUGAAAGAAGUAAUGUGGUACAUGGCUUCAAUGAUUCAAAAAGGACAUAUAAGAGGAUAUAUGGCACAUCAAAAACAAUUUUUAGUGUUGAGUGAAGCAAACCCAUUUCCGCCAUUAGGAAACAACAAUUUACCUGCAUCUUCUACACCUUCAUUUUUUUUAGCCAAUAACAAAUAA